AUGUUCCUAUCCUUCAUCAUCCUCUCCACCUUCCUUCCAUCAGUGGUGUUUAGUGCAUCAUUUCCCUCCUUCUUUAAUGAAUCGGCAUAUGAAACCUCUGGUCACAAACCAGAAAUCUAUCAAUUAGAAUACUCCGGUGGAUGCAUUUCUGGGUACACCUGGUUUUCUUACACAAAUUUUUGCUAUAAGAGUACUGCUAGAGCCGCAAACUUCAAUGAUGCUCACAAUGCUUGUAGGAGUGAAGGAUCUGAGCUAGCAUCAAUCCAUUCACUGACGGAGAAUCAAUUCCUCGUUCAGCUAUCAGCCGCUGGCAACCGAGUCAAUAGCAAAACCAAUUACGUCAUGAUCGGAUUAAUCUUCGAAAACCGGGAAUGGUCGUGGACAGACGGAAGUUCAGUUAACUACCUCAAUUGGGCAGCUGGAGAGCCAAAUAAUAUGAAGCAUGAGUUAUGGACUGCGCUAGUUUCCGAUGUGAACCCUAAAAAAGGUCAGAUGUACACCCAUUGGAACAAUGUGAACAUGGAUCGUCAGAGAGCAUACAUUUGCAAACGUGCUCCACUGAACUAG